GUGAGGCCAAAUUGUUUUUCGUUGCCUGUUCUGUAGUGUUGGUAGCUGACAUCCAAAGAGCAGAUCGAAAGGCUGCACAGGUGUAAAUGGUUUUCUUUGACAGAACUGUAGGCGUCCACAGCGCCUCGUGUCAUGGCUUUUGCAUGGAGGCAUCGUGCCUCGUAGACCGUGCGCAUGUGAGCCACCAACAAAUGGAACACAAGUUAACUUAAACCUAGAGGAGGCUGGUGACAUCUGAAAGAGGGGAAAGUGGGGCAGCUGUGCUCCAGUGCCCUCUGUCUGACCAGCUGCUGUUUGGAAUAUGUUUGCUACUUAGAAAGGAACUGAAAUUCAGGUACAAUCCACGUAGACCUGUGAAAUAAAAAGAAAGAACUGAGGAACAUACCCCCCAAAUCUGUGGAAAUCUGUUACGUUCCUAUAUCUCUGGCUGCGGCUCUGAUCUUCCUGUUGGGACACCUCAUUCAGUUCCAUUUCUAUUGGAAUUAUUGACAAGUAGCAGCUUCAAGUAUUAUAAAGCUGCUCAGUUCAUUUCAGUGGAAAUUUAAACCUGUUCAGGCACAAGAUAUUGUAAACUCAAAGCGUGAAUAUGGGUGAAAAGAAACCGGAGCCCCUGGACUUUGUAAAAGAUUUUCAGGAGUACCUUACUCAACAGACGCACCAUGUAAAUAUGAUUUCUGGAUCAGUUAGUGGUGAUAAGGAAGCAGAGACUCUUCAGGGAGCUGGGACGGAUGGUGAUCAGAAUGGACUAGAUCAUCCUUCUGUUGAAGUUUCCUUGGAUGAAAACUCAGGAAUGUUAGUGGAUGGGUUUGAAAGGACAUUUGAUGGAAAGCUGAAGUGUCGAUACUGCAACUAUGCUAGCAAAGGAACAGCACGGCUGAUAGAGCAUAUCAGAAUUCACACAGGUGAAAAGCCACACAGAUGCCAUUUAUGCCCAUUUGCAUCAGCUUAUGAACGUCAUCUGGAAGCUCAUAUGAGGUCACAUACUGGUGAAAAACCGUACAAGUGUGAAUUGUGUUCCUUCCGCUGCAGUGACAGAAGUAACUUGUCUCAUCAUCGUAGACGCAAACAUAAAAUGGUACCUAUUAAAGGUACACGGUCUUCCCUAAGCAGCAAGAAAAUGUGGGGAGUUUUGCAGAAGAAGACCAGCAAUCUGGGGUACAGCAGAAGAGCAUUAAUUAAUUUGAGUCCACCUUCUAUGGUGGUUCAAAAACCAGACUACCUUAAUGAUUUCACCCAUGAAAUCCCAAAUAUUCAAACUGAAGCAUAUGAGAGCAUGACAAAAACAACACAAACCAGUGUGCUGCCAAGAGAUCCACAAGACCUUAUGGUAGAUAAUCCUUUGAAUCAGCUAUCUACAUUGGCAGGACAGUUGUCUAGCUUGCCACCUGAAAACCAAAACCCAGCAUCUCCUGAUGUUGUACCAUGUCAAGAUGAAAAGCCUUUUAUGAUACAGCAGCCUACUGCACCAGCAGUAGUUUCAACCGUAGCAACAAAUAUUCCUCAAAGUUCAUCUCCUACCAGCCCGGAUCCUCGGCCUACACACAAUCAGAGGAACUAUAGUCCUGUGGCAGGUCCAAGCAGUGAUCGUAGCGCCCAUACUAGUACUCCUAGCAUAAGUAACAGUCAGCCAAGUACUCCAGCUCCAACCCUUCCAGUUCAGGACCCUCAGCUUCUGCAUCACUGCCAGCACUGUGACAUGUAUUUUGCAGACAAUAUCCUUUAUACUAUUCACAUGGGAUGUCAUGGGUUUGAAAAUCCUUUUCAAUGCAACAUAUGUGGGUGCAAAUGUAAAAAUAAGUAUGACUUUGCCUGCCAUUUUGCAAGAGGCCAACAUAACCAACACUGACUGAAAAGCAUACAUUCAUUUAGUUUUUUAACAUAAUACGGUAUAUUUUUUCAUACUUCCUGAAGGAGACUUUUCUCAUCUCCCCAAUAAAAAGUCUAACAUUAAGCAGUUUGACAAAGGAGACACACUUCUAUCCAUGCUGUUGUAAGACUUGCCAGGGAAGUUUGGGAGGCAUGAUGGUAACAGCUUUUAUGUGGCUUUUUCUUUUUUUUUCCAAUAGAAAGAUAAGGGAUUGUAAUGCAAUUACAUAUUUUGUUAUAUUUAAGUUCCUUGUGCUUAAGAUUCAGGUGAAUAGUCUACAGUUGAUCCAAACUGUGUGCCCUUAAACAUGGGUUGUAAUUCACCAGACACAAUACAAGAUAAGAGAUCUUGAUACCUAAAAUAUGGCAAAUGUUAAUUUAACAAAAUGUAUGUUUAGUGUGAAAAAUGUAUUCAUGCUUACUAGCUACCUACCAAACCGAGUGGGGGGAGAACUUUUACACACAAAUAGUUUGAAAUAAAACUAUUAGUUUCAUCUGAUUUGUAGUUAUAAAUUUGUUUAGUGAAUUCUAAAAUCUUUCUGCUAGACUUAACACGGCUCUAGUUUUCCCUCUAAAAAUGGAUCAUGAAAACUAGAAGAUAUCAAAUAUAUACAUAUGCUACUGUAAAUGACACUUCCAUAAGAGAGACUAUGUGAAAAAGACAUUCCUGUUGAACGUUUAUUAAACAAAAAUCACAAAUGAGCACCAUUGUAGUUUAAAAAAAGUCAGUUUCUAAAAUAAGAAAGCCCUCAUUUAAAAGUAUCUUUAAAUGUCUUAUGAAACUAAAUUUAUAUGCUUACUUAACAUUUUGCACAUUUAAACUACUUAGUCUCUUCCUUACUCCCAUGAUAAAAGUUAAGAGAAAAUUAAGUUACAGAUCGAACAUUUUCUUCCAGUUCUAUCCUGGUUCAAACUAUGAAUGGUAGAUUGUGUGUAUGUUAGGAAGGUAUGCAUUCUAAUUUAUGUAAACUGCAGCUAACAGAAUUUUGUUUGCCUGAUGACCUGUGUGGAUUUACUGAUCUACCAGCAUGCUAGGAAGCUUUCUUUUUUAAUGACUAGGAGGAAAGCAGGCAAAUGAAUAUUAGGUUGGUUACAUGUGGAGCUGUUGUGGCUAAUAUUGUGACUGCAGAUUCUAUCUGAAGAUGUAUGUGCAGUCCCUUUGUAUGUGUUAACUUUAUUUUUGAUACUGUACAUCUUAAUCGUUUUUAAAAGCACCUAGGUUAACAUUUAGGCACUUUAAUCUAAAUGAAACAUCCUAGCAAAAUUAGGGAGACUGCUAGGUAAGUAACAGGCAUUAGUAAUGUUCCAGAAAAGUAAAAACUUACUUUGACAUGCACUUUUACCUUAUUCUGUCUUAUUUGCUGCAAGACAAAUGGAAAGCUUUCUUUAUAUUACCCUUUACUAUAACAAAUAAGCAUGCACAUACAAGACAUCAAUUAAUGUGUUUUGUGGACAGUAAGAACAGGACUUAAAUAUUUUGAAGUCCAGACUGGACAUGCAAAUGUCACCUGUUGGAGUUCAUACUUUAGUUGUUCUGGGGCAUGAUGAAAAGCCUAUUGAAUCAAUGUAAAAACUCAUGGACUUCAGUGAGCUCUGGAUCAGGCUCCUAGAAAGUACGCUCCUCUAAAACAUUUUUGAUAUUAGGAGGUCCCCUUUCUUUAGUUCUUUAUCGAAUGAGAAAUUUGAUACUUACUGGUUGCACCCAUCAAGUGCCAGGUUAUUUUAAUGAGCAUGUGGCCCUCAAAUUAAUCCCGCAUAGGAUUUUUCAUCCUUAAGACUAUCCAGUGAAGGGAGAUCACUUGUGUCAGUACAAAAUUCUCUGAUCCUAAUGAGUUUAGUAAUACGUAAAAGCAGAUGUUAUACACAGAAAACACUUUCUGGCCCUGUAAAUCACCUUUUCGUCUCUCUCAUUCAGAAAGUUACCU